AUGGCUCCGCAGUGGCCCAAGAUCCGCGCUUGCAAACCGAAGAGAGCGGAGGAAGAGAAGCCCGCUCAGUUCUUCCUAGAGAACAAAUUCGAGGACAUUGUAGCUCGGGGGAGAUGGAUGAAGCUAAAAUCCGCGCCAGUCCACUGGCCAGCUGAGCUGGUUCGAAAGCACGUACAUCCCUGUCAUGUGUUGACCUCAGCGGUCAUUGAGCAGUACAAAGCCAUCAACAAAGUUUGGCUUCUGGAUGCCAAGGAAGAGACCGCCGACAGUCUCGAGUUCGUUGUUUAUGCUGCCACCAUACACGACAGCAAGUUGCUCGGCCGAGACCGACUGGAAACGGCGUGCAGAAGUAUUCGCUAUCAUAUCGAAAUCGCGCUCCUGGUGUUACGACCACCAAUGGAGCAGCGGGCAAUCGUCCUGGAUGUAGCGCCCGACAGUAUAGUCACUUUAAGAGCCUCGCCCCCUGGAUCGCGAGCCAUCUUACCAUCCCCACACGCGUCCCUCCCGUACAAAGCCAACUGGCGGUCUGUCGACCUGUCGACCUCUGUCAAGCAAGGAAUUCGCAACGACCUAAACCACGAGCUCGUCCUUCUGCAAUACAAGGUCGGGCGAUACGACUUGUCCAUUACGUUUGGCGCCCUCCUCCUCAAGGACAUCCGCAAUGAGUCCGCAACGCUCGCUGAUGUCGGGACGAGACGCGACGCCCUGAACAGGCAGCAAAGGAUAAUCACCUCAUUUUCCGGCAGUGCCGGAUACCAGAACAAAGCCCUACGGGCCGAUGUUACUAGCAUUCAAAUCGACAAGGACAAUGCCAUUACCGACCUCAACUCAACCGCCAACGACAACCUCUGGAUGGCUUACCUGCUCCACGGAAAAGGCUACAACAUUGACGUGACUCUGUUCGUCAAUGAAAAGACUAAUCAGGCCCGCGAGUUGGCGAGGUUUCAACACGCGGCCGCCGCCCACCUGGUUCAAACGCACAAGGACGGCAUCGCUGAUGAACAUCUGAGCUUCGACCGGAGCGAUGACGCGGCUCGAGCGCUUGAACGCGGCGUGGUUGAGCGAAUGUGCAAGGAUAUACUCGAGAAGAUGAAGCAAUUCGCCGACCAAAAGUUCUCCUUCGAUGAGCUCAUGCACGAGCGAACAAAGAUCGAGAUCGAGCGCCGAGUGAGUGCUGAAGUCGAUAAGCGCCUCAAACCGCACAAAGCCCACGAGUCGGAACUGCGAGAGCAGAUCUACACCUUCGUCGACGCGAAGUUCGACGACAUCGACUCCACGAUGGUCACAUUCAUCAACACUGCCUUCGCAGACGGCGAGCGGAUCGGCCGCGACAUCGGCUUCAAGGCCGGCUUCCGUAUGAAGAGGACCCUGGAGGAGCUUGAGCUCUCAGGCGGAAACGUCCCCAUCAGCGUCUGCGAGCCUUGGAUACAGGUUGCUGUCGACGAUGCCGCCGCUAUGAGCCUCGAGGCGACCCGCACGAAGCCAAAUCCUAUGCCGACAACAUACGACCAAGCAUGUCCCUCUGGGUUGUACUCAUCGUCCGCAGUCGGGGCCUUUGCUUUGCUUUUACCCUUUGCCGCCUUCUUCAACGCCUUUUACUGCCGCCGGAUGGCGUUUUUCUCCUUCUUCUCGUAG